AUGUCAUUCUAUAGUGCUCCUAGCCAGCAACGCAACCUGCGAGCUUGCAUGGUCUGCUCCGUCGUCCAACUACACACUAAAUUCAUGCGCGACGGUUGUCCCAAUUGCGAGAACGUCCUUCAGCUGCGAGGAAACAAUGACGCUAUUCAAGAAUGCACCUCUCAGGUCUUUGAGGGUCUGAUCGCGAUCCAAGAUCCGGCUGUCAGCUGGGUGGCCCGAUGGCAACGCUUGGACAACUACGUGGCGGGCACAUAUGCGACCAAGGUGACGGGCAUCCUUCCCGAAUACAUCAUUAGCAGUUUGGAAGACUCUGGGAUCAAAUUUGUGCCGCGUGAUGGAAGCACGGGUGAAGAAGAGGCCUAA